AUGAGUACUGAACCAAUUGACAUCGAAAAAGACCGCCAGAACGCAGAGAUGAGCGCACAAUCAUCAACAACAAACGCUGCUUCUGCGAACGACUUUGAAACCGAGAACCAUAUGGCAGACCAUGCGAACAAUAACCAAGGGAUACACGACUUACCAGAAAAGGAUGCCGCUGAGGAAGCGGAUCCGAACGAUGAGGAAGAGUAUCCGCAUGGUCUCCCACUGUUCUGCAUCGUCGUGGCUUUGGGUAUGAGCAUCUUUCUUGUUGCUCUUGACAUGACAAUUGUAGCCACAGCGAUCCCAAAAAUUACCGACCAAUUCCAUAGCCUCGACGAUGUCAGUUGGUAUGGUUCAGCUUUCUUGAUGACAACUGGUGGCUUCCAAUCGACCUGGGGGAAAGUGUACAAAUAUUUCCCGCUGAAAAUUUCAUUCCUCAUUUCUGUUUUCCUUUUCGAGCUUGGAAGCUUGAUAUGUGGCGUGGCUCCAAAUUCCGUGGCACUUAUCGUUGGCCGUGCAAUUGCUGGAGUGGGUGCUGCUGGUAUUGGAGGCGGGGUCUUCAUUAUCAUCGCUUUCAUUGCCAGUCCAAAAAGAAGGCCAGUUUUCACCGGUAUCAUUGGCAUGUCUUAUGGCAUCGCGUCGGUUAUUGGGCCGCUUAUUGGAGGUGCUUUUGCCGAUAAAGUAACAUGGAGGUGGUGCUUCUACAUUAAUUUGCCUGUGGGCGGCGUCGCGGCCACGUCAAUUCUGUUCUUCUUCCACACGCCUGCGAGAUCUUCUACCGCUAAGGCUACUUUGAAGGAGAAGUUCUUGCAAAUGGAUCCGGUUGGAACAGCCCUUUUAGUGUGUGCCAUCAUUUCAUACAUCUUGCCACUUCAAUUUGGUGGCCAGACCAAAUCGUGGAACUCCAGCACGGUAAUUGGUCUUCUUGUCGGCUUUCCUCUCAUGAUCCUCGUCUUCAUGGUGUGGGAGUACUUUCAAGGUGAACGGGCCGCCUUUCAACCACGCUUGAUAUCGCAACGCCUCAUCUUUGUGAAUUCAAUUUACGCGUUUCUUUUUGCAGGCUCUUACUUUAUUGUCAUCUAUUACCUUCCAAUCUACUUUCAGAGCAUUCAGAGUGUCAGUCCUACACUUUCCGGUGUACGAAACCUACCAUUGAUUAUCUCGAUGUCCAUAGCCCUCAUUGUCUCUGGUGGCAGCAUCACCAAAACGGGCCACACGGCCCCUCUCAUGGUCAUCGGUGGGGCUAUUGCAACUAUCGGUUCUGGGCUGUUAUAUUCGCUAGACAUUGGGACUAGUACGGGCAAGUGGAUUGGAUACCAGAUAGUUGGCGGAGUGGGGUGGGGUUUGGCCUACCAGGUUCCCAUAAAUGCCGCGCAGGGCUCGGUGGAUCCCAGUGAUAUCGCAUCCGUGACAGGGAUUAUUAUAUUCUUCCAAACUGUCGGAGGUGCAGUCUUCGUGGCUGCUGCACAAUCGGCCUUGUUCAACCAGCUUCUCCAUAAACUUGCUAGCACCGCUCCAAAUAUCGAUGCAGCUUUAGUUCUGGGAACUGGUGCCAGCGAGUUACGAAACGUUUUCACAUCCGAGGAAAUGACUGCUAUUUUGCCCGCUUAUAUGGCGGGUCUCAAGGUCGCUUUCGCCAUCUCGGUCACCGCGGUGGGAUUAGCUUUCUGUCUCAGCCCCUUCAACAAUUGGAAGAAAAUCGAUGCUCAUAGAGAUGCACCCGAUGAUACCCCCAUCGGAGCAGCCGUGUAA